AUGACCAACACCCUCCCCCUCGAAACCACAAUAACAAACCUAACAACGCAACCACAACCAGAAACACAAGAGCCACUCUGGAAGACCAUCCUCAGCACCGCCAAAACCUGCCCCCGCCGCGGCCCGACCCUCUCACAAGGAAGCGACCAAACACACCUCGUCAACCUAGUCGAAGCCCUCCAAGCACAGAACCAAGCAGGACGAAUAUCCCUGGAAGAAACGAUCCGCAAUACGAUAAACAUAUCCGUCACCCCCGUCGCGCAAGCAGACCUCGAAGCAUGGGAAAACCUCCAUGCGUUCCUGGCGGUGAUCACUAAACGCCGACUGGUGGGGUUGGAGGAUUUGGCUAUUUCCGCGUUGAAACAGGCGCUCGAGGUGCCCUACUACAAGGAUAAGGAGGGGUGGGCAGCUGUGUUGGAGGUUUAUGUUACUGUUGCGGGAAUUUGGGCGAUUAUCAUGGGGGAGGAAUUGUAUGAGCGGAAGAAAGGGGAGGAUGAUGAGCAUAAAAAGGAUCAAGAAGGGGCGAUUUCGAAAAAACGGUGGGAAUAUUGGAUUGAGCGGCUUCGGUUUGUUAGUCUUUGGGAGGAUUUAAAUAUUGGAGCUAGGGAGGUUGCUGCUGAGGCGGCGGCUGUUAUGCAUCGGGUUGUAUAG